AGAAUCCUGGUGGCGGAACCUUUUCUACCGUCCUUGUUUCACUCCGACACAUGAAGCUUACGGAACGUAUCGUGUGCACGGCGUUAUGGUGGAAAUGAAUGGCUUCGAAUCGUGUUGAUGUUCACAAACAGGCGCCCCUAACUUCGCCAUGUUUUAGUAAGGCGACAGAUUAGAGAUGGAGUGUGACAUCUUGGACUCAUUGGAGCAGCUCGGUUAUGACGGUCCUCUGUUGGAGGAGAAGGCGCUGGUUGGAGCCGCAGAGGGAGGCCUUUCCUCACGGGAGUAUGUGGACCUCUGUCGGUGGUUGACAUCUAGACUGAUGCUCCUGUGUGGUCUGGAGGAAAGCAUUACAUCUGGAGCAGAUGACAUGGACAGCCUGCGGGUGGAGAUGAGUGGUUUGCUGAAGGAGCUGCAGUGUCCCUUUGAAGGAGCGGUUUCUGGUGUUCUCCGGGGAAGCACGCUGACUACAAAAGACCAUCUGAAAAUUAUCUUGUUUUUGAGCUCUGAGCUUCAGGCGGCUAUAAUUGUGAGCGGCGGGCGAGGCUGUGAUAAUCACCAGGUUGAGAGUCUGGGUCAACAGGAGCUUUCAGCAAUCUGCAAAACACUGAAGCUACUGGAGCCUGCAGGAAAAGGGGCAGCAGAGUUUUUUUCUCAACUACAAAACAAGGUGGAAAAUUUGCUUCAAGAUCUUCCUAAUGGCUCCGUUGGAAAGCCAGUGCUGAAGAAGGCUCUCAGCAGUGACCAGUGGGAGAAGCUGCACGACAUCAACAAGGUUCUGUCGUCGGAGUACGAAUGCCGCCGCCGGAUGCUCAUCAAGCGGCUGGACGUCACUGUCCAGUCCUUCGGCUGGUCGGACAGAGCCAAGGUGAAGGUGGACAGCAUGGCCAGAGCCUACCAGCCCAAGAGGCACGCUUUGCAGCCUCAGCCCUCAGUGGACAUGGCUGAGCUUCUGGCUGCAAGGGAGGACAUCUGCAACGUGGUGAAGACCAGCAGCGGUUCUAGCCGGGAGAAGACUGUUUGUGCUGUCAACAAGGUGUUGAUGGGAAGAGUACCGGAUCGAGGUGGACGCCCCUCUGAGAUAGAACCCCCGCCACCAGAGAUGCCCCCCUGGCAGAAGAGGCAAGAUGGAGGAGGAAGGGGAGGGCACAGUGGUGGAGGAGGGCAAGGAGGAGGCAGCUGGGGUCAAGGAGGCAGAGGAGGCGGGUGGGGAGGCGGUGGAGGUUGGAAGGGAGGCGGAUGGAACCAAGGAGGACAAAACAGACAUGGAGAUUAUGGAGGACAUGGAGGGAAGAGAGGACGAUACCAGUAUUAACCUGUGCAGUCAAGCCUCAUGUAGUUUUCUACACAAGAUUAUGUAUAGAAACAUUAAUUUUCAGACUAGAUGGACUCAAUUUUGGAUUAGAGGUUUGGACACUAUGGCUGUGUCCGAACGUCGGUUCUAACCCCUACAUCCCUCCAUCACUAUAUAGACUAUAUAGUGGACAUUAUAGGGAACUCAGCUAACUGACCGUUUGGACAUAUGAUCGCUGCUUUUUGCUCCUCAUUGUUCACAUGACUCCUCCUCCCUGCAUGUUGUUGUUUCUGCUGUGACAACAAACCCCAUAAUGCUUUGCGAGGAAAGCGCUCCUCGCAAAGCAAUCCAGGAUAAAUCUGCUCGUCUAGUGACAAAGGAUGAUCACUGCUUUUCAAGGUGCAUUGUGGUAAAUUUUGAAUCCACUUCUUUUUCAUCCACUAGACAUUCGGACACUUAUCUAAAAUGGCGCAACCACUAUAUAGUUUCCUAUAUAGUGAUUAGGGCGAAUGUUCGGACACAGCCUAUCAGUUCAAUAUGAGCUGAGCUCAAUUUUUAUCCACUGGAGGAAAACUCUCCUCUGAUGGCAGAUGAGGAAACCUUCCCUUCGCCUUGAUUUUAUGGUUUCAUUUUUUUCAAACCGGAGUGUUCUUUAUUAGCUUUUUAUUUAUGCUUUAAGGACAAAUCUGUGGUCGUUACGAGAUUCCUGAUGAGAAACGGUGUGGAAGGUUGACUUUUAACAGCAGCAGGUUAAAAGUUUAGUGACUUGGUGCUUUAGAGAUACACUUUUGUCCUUUUUCAUGCUGCAAGACUAAGAUGUUAAUUGUUUUACUUUUAAGGAAAACCAUUUGACAAUUUAAACUGUGAGAGCCUGAGGUGUUAUAGAACAAAAUCAGUAGUGCUGGUUAAAAAGAUGCAGAAACUCAUCAUAACCUAAGAUUUAUAUAGGGUUAGGCUUUUAAAGAUGCACAUGAACCACAAUUUAUAUAUAAAAAAAAAUAAUAAUAAACUUCUCAUAAUUAGUUGUAGAAGUUUGAAUUUACUGCAGAUUUUCUGUCCCGUAGUUCCAUACAGGCCAUGAAUAUGUUUUUACACCCCCUCUAUUAUUUGUUUAUACAUCUUGGCAAUAAAAUUCCAUCCUUAAAGUUUUUAUGACCAUCAACAAUCUUCUGCUGUAACUUUGUUUGAACAUAUCAGCCCUUUAUUGGUAGACUCGAUCAUCAGAUUUAACACAUAGCAACACAUUUUCAGCAGCUUUGCAUUCUGGACUCCUUUAAAGCUUAAUGUUAGCCAACUGUAUCUCUGGAUCAAAACAAAAAAAAAAAAAAUCUGAAAAUGAAUGCAUUUAAUUAGUUAGGUAGUAGAAAAGUAGAAGUUUAAGAAAAUCUUAUUUGUGUGAUGAACCAAACCUGUAUUUUUGCAGCAUGAUGCAGCAGUGCUUGCAAGUUGGGGCUGUUAAACCUCACUUUGACCCCUCCAAACAUAUUUUGUCAUUGUCACCCAAGAAAAUAAGUCUCCUGAUGUCUGGUGUUUCUUCAAGAGGUUGUCUAUCUCUAGAAACUUCAGCUGAACUUUGUGUUUAUUAUAAACAUUCCUCACUAGUUUUUGCAGUUUCUUCCACUAGAUGGCAGGCUUGGGCCUUGGUAGAUGGUUUUAACUAACUUAGUAGUCUUCCUGACAGGACAUUUUGAUUUUUUAAUUAAAAUCACUUUCAACUUUUGGGACUAAACAUCUAGGAAUUGUUUCUACAAGCCAGUAGUGACAAAAAGCAUGUGGUUCAUUUUAAUUUGGUAUUUUAUGGGAGGAAAAAGUGUAUUUCUUUUUUUUAUUAAAUAAGUAAUCAAAAGCCUAAAAAAACAUGAGGAUGCAAACUUCUGACCUGCACUGUAAAUACAGCCACUGCUGAUAUGUCAUAGAUGAAUUAGACUGAAACCUGUAAGAACCAUUAGUUUUACAUCUGAAGCUUAAAAGCUGUGCAUUAAGGGAAUUUUCUUU